AUGGUAUUACAACGAAGCUCUUAUCCCGUUACUCAAUACCUUAUUGAACGAUAUUAUGAAAUAUUAGGGGUUCCAUUACCUGAUGGUCCAAAUUUAGAACUUCAUAAGAAUAGUGAUGAACUUUUUGAUAUUAUAUCUGGUAACGACGUAUCAAGGAGUACAGAUUCUGCUCCAGAUAUAACAGUAGAUAAUGAGAAAAGUACAGUUGAUGAGCAACAAGAAAAUGAAUGUAUGGAAAACAUCAGUUUAUUGGAAAAGAUAAAAGGUUUGGUAAAUUCAAUUACAUCAUGGAAUUUCUCGUAUGAAAAAUCGAUACAAAUUGGAGCUCUAUUAAAGGAAAGAAAUAAUGCUUUAUCAUUUCGUCAAUGGGAAAAAAUUGGUCUUAAAUUAGAUUCAUUGAUGAUGAAAUCAUCUUGGAAGUUUCAAACAGAAUCAAAUCUUUAUGAUUAUAAAUUGGUUACUGAAUUAACAGAAAAAUUGGUUUUAUUUAGAACGACAGAAGAUUAUGAAAAUUUAUUAUAUUUAAUACGUACAACUUGGGUCAGGAACCUAGGUGAAACUUGUAAUUUGAACCUAUACAGACACUCUAAUAUAGGAACCAAAAAAGUUAUAGAAACAUAUUUACAUGAAUCUCAAUUAGCAAUUGAUGCGCUUCUUAAUAAAUCUGACAUGGAUCCACAAUAUAUGUUAAGAAUCCUACAACAAACUAGAAGAAAUGUUGGAAGAACGGCUUUAGUCUUAAGUGGUGGCGCAACGUUUGGUCUUUUCCAUAUUGGUGUUCUUUCUGCAUUAUAUGAGGAAGAUCUAGUACCGAGAGUCAUCAGUGGAACAAGUGCAGGAUCUAUUGUGGCAAGUAUAUUUUGCGUUCAUACCAGAGAUGAAAUCCCAGCAUUGUUAGCAAACGUACUAAACAUGCAAUUUAAUAUAUUCAAAGACAAUAGAGACCAAAGUAAUAGUGAGGAUUUUCUAAUUAAAGUUGAUAGAUUCUUUAAACAAGGUACAUGGUUUACAAAUAGGCAUUUAGUGAACACCAUGGUUGGAUUUUUGGGUGAUAUGACAUUUAAGGAGGCUUAUUAUAGAACUGGGAGAAUCUUGAAUAUUACGGUGUCUUCAGCGUCAAUAUUUGAACAACCAAGGUUAUUAAAUAAUUUGACAGCUCCGAAUGUUCUAAUAUGGUCCGCGGUAUGUGCAUCUUGUGCAGUUCCAGGUGUGUUCCCUGCAACACCAUUAUAUGAGAAGGACCCUAAAACUGGCCAAAAGAAAGAAUGGACAGGAAACAGUUCCAUCAAAUUUGUUGAUGGAUCUGUCGAGAAUGAUUUGCCCAUUACAAGACUCUCCGAAAUGUUUAAUAUUGAUCACAUCAUUGCAUGUCAAGUUAACUUCCACGUUUUUCCAUUUUUAAAAUUUUCUGUCAACUGCGUUGGGGGUGAAGUUCAAAAUGAAAUGAGUGCAAGAUUCAAGAAACAUCUUAACAAUUUUUAUGAUUUCUUUACAGGAGAAAUUGUGCAUUAUUUAGAGAUUGGUAGUGAACUUGGGAUCGCUAGAAAUCUUCUCACAAAACUUAGAUCGGUGCUGUCACAGCAAUAUUCUGGGAAUGUAACAAUUUUGCCAAAUAUGAAUAUGUUGUUCAAGUCUAAAGAAUUAAUGAAUAAUCCUUCACAGGAAUUCCUAUUGUACGAAACUGUUAAUGGUGCUCGGGCAACGUGGCCAAAGAUAUCUAUGAUCAAAAACAAUUGUAGACAAGAAUUUGCUUUGGAUAAAGCAAUUUUCUUUUUGAAGGAAAAGAUUAUCAUGUCAACCUCGAUUAAGAAUCCAUUACAAUUUAGUGAGGCAACAAUUAGAGUUUCCGAUAUUCCGUCAAACAAAGACGUCGUAUCACCAUCACAGGAGAGUAAAGAUACUCAUACCGAACAUGCAGGUUCUUUAGACGAUAAUAUAGCCGAGCCAGAAGAGCUGGACUCUUUAUUAAUUCAUCCGAAUAAUGGAAAUAGUGAUCGUCCAGACACAAGAUUGAGAUCAUUAAGUUUAAGAGAGCCGGUCUCUCUCACUAAAAGACCUCCGAUCUUGGGAAAUAGAUCCUCCAGUAAUAUAAGACGUACUUCUACACCAGGGGUUACAUACGGUGUAAUAGCUGUUCCUACUUCUGCCAGAAUGAUUAGCCCAAAGAAGUCGAAUGGAGCAACAAUUAGAAGGUCUCCAUCUAGUGCCGAUCGUAAUGAUAAACGAAGGAAAGAGAGGUCUAGUACAAUUAUUACAUACUCUACAACUUCAUCUGCAAACAGAUACUAA